AUGUCAGUGAAACAGUCCUGUCCCGUCUGUGGCUGGUGCAGAGGAGGUGCAGAGGAGGUGAUGUCAGUGAAACAGUCCUGUCCAGUCUGUGGCUGGUGCAGAGGAGGUGCAGAGGAGGUGAUGUCAGUGAAACAGUCCUGUCCAGUCUGUGGCUGGUGCAGAGGAGGUGAUGUCAGUGAAACAGUCCUGUCCAGUCUGUGGCUGGUGCAGAGGAGGUGCAGAGGAGGUGAUGUCAGUGAAACAGUCCUGUCCCGUCUGUGGCAGGUGCAGAGGAGAGGAGGUGAUGUCAGUGAAACAGUCCUGUCCAGUCUGUGGCAGGUGCAGAGGAGGUGCAGAGGAGGUGAUGUCAGUGAAACAGUCCAUGUCCAGUCUGUGGCAGGUGCAGAGGAGGUGAUGUCAGUGAAACAGUCCUGUCCAGUCUGUGGCAGGUGCAGAGGAGGUGAUGUCAGUGAAACAGUCCUGUCCAGUCUGUGGCAGGUGCAGAGGAGGUGA